GCGUAGGGUACGGGUAAGCGGUCGCUCCACAGAACAGUAGCUCAGGUUUUUUUUUUUUUAUACCGUUUUUUCCGCCUUCUUCGAAGUUUGCUGGGGAAAAAGUCAUGUCCAAUAAAAUUAAGGAAAAUUGUUAUAGGCGUGGAUUCUGUUCCUAUUUCACAGCGAAGAGCAUGAUGCGCAAAGAGGGACUCUACCUCAAUCAAAACACCACCAAUGCCUGGUGAUCCGUGUCUACAGAAAUCUUUAUGUACUAAAUUAAAACAUAUAUAAAAGUGUUAAUAUAAUUGAAGGACGUUGGAAAAAGGGGCAAGUCAUGGAUGACUCCAACAGCAGUAGCUUGGCAUGUACGACGGGCCAGGACCUCCUCACCGGGAGCGUCCCGGACCAUUUCUUGGCCAGCUACGACGUGGACUACGAGGUGUCGCCGGACGACCUGCCCGACACCACGCAGGACCGCGCCUUUUUCGUGGCCACCAUCGUGAUCGGCGUGGUGCUCAUCGGCAUCAUCCUUGUGUGCGGCGUGGGCAACUUCCUGUUCAUCGCCACGCUGGCGCGCUACAAGAAACUGCGGAACCUGACCAACCUGCUCAUCGCCAACCUGGCCAUCUCGGACUUCCUGGUGGCCAUCGUGUGCUGCCCUUUCCUGGUGGAUUACUACGUGGUGAAGCAGCUGUCCUGGGACCACGGGCUGGUGCUCUGCGCCUCCAUAAACUACCUCAGGACGGUGUCGCUGUACGUGUCCACCAAUGCGCUGCUGGCUAUCGCCGUUGACAGGUACAUGGCGAUAGUCCACCCCCUGCGGCCGCGCAUGAAGUACCAGACGGCCUACUGCCUGAUCACGGGCGUGUGGGUCGUGCCGGCGCUGAUCUCCAUCCCGUCGGCCUACUUCGCCUCGGAGACGGCGUACCCGCACGGCGCCACGCGCAGCAAGACCUUCUGCGCGCAGAUCUGGCCCGUGGACCAGCAGCUGUACUACCGCACCUACUUCCUGUUCGUCUUCGGCGUGGAGUUCGUGGGCCCCGUGGUCGCCAUGGCGCUGUGCUACGCGCGCAUCUCCCGCGAGCUCUGGUUCAAGAGCGUGCCGGGCUUCCAGACGGAGCAGAUCCGGAAGCGUCUGCGGUGCCGGCGGCGGACGGUGAUGGUGCUGAUCGGCAUCCUCACCGCCUACAUCCUGUGCUGGGCGCCGUACUACGGCUUCGCCAUCCUGCGCGACUUCCACCCCACGGUGAUCUCACGCCGGCGGCACGCGCUGGUGGCCUUCUACAUCGUGGAGUGCAUCGCCAUGGGCAACAGCGUCAUCAACACGCUGUGCUUCGUCAGCGUGAAGAACAACACCGUCAAGCACCUGCGGAAGAUCGUGCUGCUGCGCUGGCGCUCCAGCUACGCGCCGCCGGGGAAGGCCGCCGAGGAGGCCGAGGCCCGCACCUCCUCCGUGCGCGUCACCGAGGAGGCGGACUGCAUACGCCUGCGCUAG